ACGGAACAGCCCGACACACCCCAGCCCAGCUCAGCCCUACACACGUCAGCAUAGCCCCGAACAGCUCGGCACAGCUCGGUACAGCCAUGCCGCGGUUCAGCGUGUCCGAGACCAGGCGGUGGGGAGAGCAGUUCGUGCAGUUCCUGCAGGACACAGCCCGGGAGCGGGAGAACCGGCGGGACACGCUGCGCAGCAUCUACAACCUGGAGUUCCGGGGCAGGGUUGACAUAAAACUGCCCAACUUCUCCUGCAUCCUGUACGCGCUGAAGGUGACUCACCAGGCAGAAGUGCAGAGAGAGUUAGUGCACUUCAAGAAGGAGAGGAGGCGUGUGGUGGUUGCAGAUCAGUACCGGAGACCCAGGACAUUGGCAUCUGCAUCUGCAUCUGCCUCAGGGCAGCAGCCCAGCUCUGCAUCUGCAUCUGCCUCAGGGCAGCAGCCCAGCUCUGCAUCUGCAUCUGCAUCUGCAUCUGCAUCAGCCUCAGCACAGCAGCCCAGCCCUACAUCUACAUCUGCAUCUGCAUCAGCCUCAGCACAGCAGCCCAGCUCCAGUCAGCCAGCGGGCCAGAGCCGUGCCAAGAAGCGGGAUGAGUUCAUCUGUGGGAAGCACGGGGUAGAGGUCGUGUCAGAGCACGACCAGGGCAACGGGCACAUCCGCUUCCCCGUGGUGCCCAGUGAGCCUCGGCACGUGACCCUCGUGGUGCAGAACCGUGGGGCAGAGGCUGUGACACUGCAGCAGCAUUUUCUGCUCCAGCAGUCGUGGGAGUUCUCUGUGGAUGAGCAGGGGGUGACACAAGGCCAGCCCCUGCUGCUGCACCCAGGUGGCAGGUACCCCAUGAAGGUGAAGUGCCUGGUCACCUGCAACGGCUGCUUCCACGCUGUGAUGGUCUUCAAGUUCACCAAAGAGCCAGAUGGGUCCUUCAUGAUGGGGCGCUGGAUCGCUGCUGUUGCUGAGAGCCAACUGGCCCAGGACCUGGGGCCCUCAGCACCUUUCCAGCCAUACCAGGCCAGCCUCCAGCGCCCUGUUACUGUUGUCAUCGAGGAGGGCAUCCCUCCAGACAGCUCCCUGAAAAGUGAACUGGAGAGGGAAAUCCCUCUGAAAACCUACCAGUACCCCAAGAGCCUCAAGGACACCAUCCUGGCUGGAUCCAACAGCGGCUCCAGCUGGGCUACCAUGCAGUCACAGCUGGAGGCCCCCCUGCAGACUGGGAACUACCAGCAGAAGUUCCAGCUGCUGCUGCAACUGGAGGAGAUCCAGAUGGAGGUGGACAUCCGUCGCUACGACAUGCAGGACGUGUCCAUGGUGCAGGACAGGGGGCUGCUGGCCCUUGACGUGCCCGGUGUGGCUGAGAACCGCCCGUCUGUGCUGAGGGGCGACCAUCUCUUCGCCUCCCUGAGCAGCGAGCGGGAGCACUCCCCGCUCGUCCGGUACAAGGGCUACGUGCACAGCGUGGAGCUGGAGAAGGUCAGGCUGGGCUUCUCCUCCAAGCUGCAGAGGAAGUUUGUGAACAACAUGAAGUUCGACGUGACCUUCACCUUCAACCGGCUGCCGCUGCAGGUCCAGCACCGGGCUGCAGAAAUGGCCAUCAAGUGUGGCUUGUCCAGCCUCCUCUUCCCCUCUGCCUCCUGCCACAAGUCUCUCUUCACAGGCACCUUCCAGCCCCGGUGGUUCGACCGCAAGCUGCAGGCCAAUGAGGAGCAGUGCAGAGCUGUGACACAAAUUGUGAUGGGCAUGUCCAGGCCAGCCCCAUACCUCAUCUUUGGCCCUCCUGGGACUGGCAAGACAGUCACGGUGGUUGAGGCCAUCAAGCAGGUGUGGACGUGCUUCAAGGACGCCCGGAUCUUGGCCUGUGCCCCGUCCAACAGUGCUGCAGAUCUGCUGUGCCAGCGCCUCAUCAAGGACAUCGCUCCCCGCCACAUCUACAGGGUCCUGGCCAGCUCCAGGAACUACCAGGAGGUGCCCACUGAUAUCAGGCCCUGCUGCAACUGGGACAACGAGCAGAGCUGCUACGUGUACCCGAGCAAGGAGUACCUGGGGCGUUACCGGAUCCUCAUCACCACGCUGGUGACAGCAGGAAGGCUGGUGUCAGCCAACUUCCCCUCAGGGUUUUUCUCCCAUGUAUUCAUUGAUGAGUGUGGCCAAGCAGUAGAGCCAGAGAGCGUGGUGGCCAUUGCAGGGAUCCUGACUGCCAUGGACCAGAAGACCAACCCCAAUGGGGGGCAGCUGGUGCUGGCAGGAGAUCCCCAGCAGCUGGGCCCCGUCCUGAGGUCACCACUGGCCAUGGAGCAUGGUUUGGGCACCUCGUUGCUGGAGAGGCUGAUGCUGCACAACCCCCUGUACAAGAAGUCAGACAGAGGAUACAACCCACAGUUUGUCACCAAACUGCUCUGGAACUACAGGUCCCACGAGGCCAUCCUCAGGAUCCCCAACGAGCUCUUCUACGACAGCGAGCUCAAAGCUUACGAGGGCGACGAGCUGGAUGUCCGGAGUCUGUAUUGCAACUGGAAGGAACUUCCCACCAGAGGCUUCCCCAUCAUCUUCCACGGGGUUUGUGGGGAAGACCGGCGAGAAGCCAGGAGCCCCUCGUUCUUCAACACAGCCGAGAUCGAGGUGCUGGUCGACUACGUCAAGAAGCUGCUGCAGAGCCAGGGCAAGAGGGGCUGCCCCAACAUCUCACCCAAGGACAUUGGCAUCAUCUCUCCCUACAGAAAGCAGGUGGAGAAGAUCCGGAGAGCCAUCACCUCCCUGGACAGGGACCUGCGGGCGCUGCCAGACAUCGGCCUGCUGAAGGUGGGCUCCGUGGAGGAGUUCCAGGGCCAGGAGCGUCUCGUCAUCCUCAUCUCCACGGUACGCAGCAGCACCCAGUACUCCCAGCUCGACCAGAAGUUCAGGCUGGGUUUCCUGAAGAACCCCAAGAGGUUCAAUGUGGCCAUCACCAGGGCCAAGGCUCUGCUGAUCAUGGUGGGGAACCCAGCCGUGCUCUGCAAGGACCAGCACUGGCAGAGGUUCCUCAGGUACUGCAGGGAGAAGGGUGGCUACACAGGCUACCCCUACGAGGAGCAGAGCCAGGCACAGGAUGGCCUUGCCAACGAGCUCCAGGCGCUGCACCUCGGCGAGUAGCAGGGAGGAAACCCACCUGGGGAAGGAGAAGCCCGGUGCAGCUCCAGCCUCCCUCAGCCUGUCCCUGGCCUGCAGCAGCCGCCUGCUCCCCUCACCUCAGCCAUCCCUGUGGAGAUGGAGCCAAGCCCAGCAGGCAACAGGGUCCUGCCAACCUCUGGUGCCAGCCAAGCCCCCACAGUCCACCCAUCUCCCCUUGCAGAGCGGAACAGGGCCCACUCUCCACUUUAAAUGGUCGAAACCCGAUUCUCUGUGGUCUCACCGUUCAAGGGCUGGCUUAGGCGAGGGUGCAGCCUCUGCAGGGCAUCACUGGGUGGGCAGAGGAGCUCAGGGCUGCUGUGCUGGGUGACUGGUGUGCAGGCCAUCAGCAGGGCACCUGGGCAACCCCUGGCCUCACAGCUGGCAGAUACACUUCACUGUUUUUUUUCCCCCUGGAAUAAAUGUUUAUAGAGAAAAA